AUGAGAACUUUCUCCAUUGCCUUCUACUGUACCUUGUUAACGGUACUAGUGUUAGGGUUUGUGGCGUCUAUUUCAGUUCCAGAAGAAUGGCUGAAACAGUUUGUAUCAUGGAAGGAAUCAUUGGAGAAUCUUAUCAAUGUUGAAUGCUCCGAAGUCACAACUACAAAGGUGGUGUCACACGAGAAUAGUUUCAAUGAAAAGAAUGCGGAGACAGCACAGAUUGUAUACCCUUCCGAUAAACUUGCUGCCGAACUACGUAAACUUCAUUUGACUCCCAAGCCUUAUGUUCAAAUGAAGAAUUCCGGCCAAAAGUUUCAUGGCAGAUUUCUUCAUAUCACCGACAUGCAUCCUGACGAGUUGUAUAAAGUGGGAUCAUCAUUUGAGGAAGCAUGCCAUUCAGGAAAGGCAGGAGAAGCUUCUAAAUACGGAGAUGCUAUCAUGGGAUGUGAUUCGCCCAUGAAACUUGUCGAAGAUACUAUUAAGUGGGUCAAAGAAAACUUGAGAGAUAAGAUUGAUUUCGUUGUAUGGACUGGGGACAAUAUUAGACAUGAUAAUGAUCGUAUGAAUCCUCGUACUGAAAUGCAUAUCUUUGAUAUGAAUUCAGUGAUGGCAGAUAAGUUGUUUUCAGCCUUUGAGAAUACCGACCCCAAUGAUCCAAGAAGUUUGGAAGCUUUGCUAGUUCCCUCUCUUGGUAAUAACGAUGUUUAUCCUCAUAAUUUAUUUAGUCCUGGUCCUACUUUACAAACAAGAGAAAUGUUCCGUAUUUGGCAGCGUUUCAUUCCUCCUGCUCAGUUACAUACUUUCAAUAGAGGAGCCUACUUUUUUCAAGAAGUCAUUCCCGGACAUUUAACGGUGCUAUCUCUUAAUACACUUUACCUUUUCCAAUCGAAUCCUUUAGUUGACAAUUGUGAUUCCCCCAAGCAACCCGGUUACCAGCUAUUUGAAUGGUUAGGUGUUGUCUUGAAGGAAAUGAGACUUCGUAAGAUGAAAGUAUGGCUUUCAGGACAUGUUCCACCAAAUUUAAAGAAUUAUGAUAUCUCAUGUUGGCGUAAGUACAGUGUUUGGGCAUACGAAUACCGCGAUGUCAUUAUUGGAGGGUUAUACGGCCAUAUGAACAUGGACCAUUUUAUUCCCUUGGAUGCAAAGGCUGCUUAUGCUUCAAUUUCGGAAGACUUUGAUGUUACCUCUCAAUUGAAAUCCUUUGAGUACCCUUCGAUCUUUUCAGAAGGACACUCUGAUUCUGAUUCUGAUUCUGAUUCUGAUUCUGAUGAAAACGAAGCAAUUAGCCAAUUUUUGCAGAAGUUCAGCACAGAGAACGAUACUUUGAGGGAUCUUUAUCAUGCCCUGGGAGGUGUUCCUUAUAACAAAGUCAAAUUCUUAGAAAGUGUUCGUGAAGAUUACUAUGCUAGACUUAAGGGACGUAAGAAGUCUGGAGAACGUUGUGAAAGAUAUUCUAUUAGUCAUGUUUCUGCAUCUGUGAUCCCCACCUUCAACCCUGGUUUAAGAGUAUGGGAAUAUAAUAUCACCGAUUUGGCAGCAAGUUUGGAGGCAAAGGUCCAAUUUGCUCCUUGGGAUGAAUUUUUUCAAGGAGUUGACAACAUGAUGAAGGCUUGGGAUGAAUUAGAACUUGAUGAAUAUAAGCAAACAGAAAUGUUUGAUACCAUACGCACAAAAGGAAAUAAAAGAAAGGCAAAUAGUAAAAAGAAGAAGAAGAAGAAGAAGAAGAAGAAGAAGCUUGAUAAGACAUUCCCACCUCAAAAGCCCGCAAACUUACCUUUAGGUCCAGGAUACGUUCCUCAAUUGUUCACUCCCGAAAGAUAUGUACAAUUUUUUGUUGAUUUACCAUCAGUCAACAAUGGUACUAAGGAGUUUCACUAUGAGUACGAAUAUUCUACUGACAUUUACAACAUGAAGGUUUUAACUACGGAGGAAUGGAUAAACUUGGGAAGAAUUUUAGGUAAACCUAUUAAGGCCAGCAAACCAAAGCAAAAGCGUGACAUCAAAUGCCAUCAAAUGAAGGAACAAAUUACAGAAAUUGAUGCUACAAAGAAGAAUAAAAAGCAUAAAAAGAAGAAGAUGUUUGAUGACGACAAUAACGGAUUCUCUGACUUAGAGAAAGUUUGGCAGGAAUUUUUACAUCAUGUAUUUAUUUCAUCAGAUUACGAACAUAAAGAGUUUGGUUAG